UUUCGCCUUUUAUAGUAAUUCAAAAUGCCUGCGAAGUGUGCAUGUUGUCAACAGAGAGCAAUAUUAAAGAGGCCAAAAACGAUGAACGCAGCGGUCAGGCUGUCGUGCGAUCAAAACUAAGUUUGCACGUGUGUAAAGCCGCAGGGGGACGAAUGCGGGAUAUACCGUGAAUCGCUGAAUUAACCUUCGCCGUAACCCGGAAAACUGAACUGCUUUGCGCGGACUGAGGUCCCUGAAAACCCUGAAGUUAGUAGUGAAACUCUACAGAGAAAUUGAGCUACUGUGAAUCUAAAGUACUACAUAACACUACUGAGAAACUAAACUACUGAGAAGUUCUGCAUCGGCCACGUCAAUUCUGCAAUCCAGAUUCUCGCACAAAAAAAACUUCGAACGACUUGUCGAAAAGCAGGCCACCCAGAAAACCGUGAAGUACUGAAUAUCUACUGAAAGUUUAACCUGCUGACGAUCUGAAAAGAGGAACUGGUGCCUCGCGUCGUUUUGCGUCGUUACCGCGGUUAUAACCGUACGUAACAUUGCAUUCCGGACAGUAGUGUAACCCGUUCAUCUGUUGUCAUUUCGUAACCGACGAAACCCGCGCUAACAAUCUCCGAGGCGUCGCGGCAUCGCGCAUCCCUGACCCGUCCGCCGACCCGUCAUGGCCGACGCGUUCCCGGCGCUCGACGACUCGCGACCCGACCUCGACCCCGACCUUGACCCCGACGAGGACGACGACGAGGAGGAGGAGCAGAUGACGGCGGCAGAGGUCGCCGCGCGGCUGGAGCGCGCGUGGACGGACGAGCGAUUCGCGCCGACGCUGCUCCCGCCGCGGCCCGAGAUCGUCGACUGCAUCCUCGACCAGCUCGCCGCCGUCGACGAAAACGUCCGCCAGAGGGCGCCCCGCGGCGGCGGCGGAGACGGAGGGCUGCGCGUCGUAGCGCAUCGCGCCGAGGCCGACCGACUACGAUUCGUCGUCGCCGCCUACCUCCGCGAACGCCUCGCCAAGGUCGAGCUACACGGGCGCCACCUGCUGGCCGGCGACGACGACGACGACGCGGCGCGGCGCAUGACGGACGAGGAGGCGACGUACGCUCGCGAGUUCGCCGACGGCGUCGACGCGCACGCCCGCCAGGUGGCGCUGCGGCACGUGCCGCCGAACCUGCAGGCGGCGGAGGCGCGGCAGGCGGCGGCGCCGAACAAGAGAGCGUACGUGUUCCUGCGCGUGAACGAGCGGGUAGAUGGCGUGGAGGUGGAGGCUGGAGGCGGGGAGACAGAGGUCGUGACCUUGGAGCGCGGGUCGCAGCACGUGAUGCAGUACGCGGCCAUCGCCGACCUGGUGGAGAGCGGCGUCGUCUCGCUCAUCUAGUGGCGCCCCCUACGGAGCAGCAGUGGCGCCCCCUACAGAGCAGCAGUGGUGCUUAACUCACUGAUUUAACAGCGCACCUUACGGAGCAGUAGCGGCGCCCCCUACAAAGCAACAGUGGCGGCAUCUAUGAGUUGCCGAUUUCGUGCGGUGCGAUGCCAUCUUGUUCAUGUAACAUCGCAGCUUACUGAGUGAUAUUGGCGCCCCCUACUUAGUGCCAACUGAGUAGCAGAGAGCAACGCACGCUACCGAGCGAUACUUGCUGAUCGAUUGUUUGUUUACGGCUGCGGAUGUACAUGACAAACGAACUCGGUGACUUUGUAAUGAUGUGAUCAUUUGAUGACAAGUUAUUAGUAAUGAUUGAUAAUAUUACUAUGUUAGGCCACCCUUAAAAAAUUGUUUGUUUCCCUUUUACCUACUCGACUCUCAGGUUACCGAGUAGGUAGGUAGGUAAAAAAUGUUUUUUAUUUUAUUUUGACAAGAUGUGUGUAUGUAUAUUCUGUUUUGUGUAUAUGUUUUUGCGGAACGAAUUUGAUUUUUUUUUGGUGAAAUGAAAUAAUUUUUGUUUUGUUUUAAUCGGCCAAUAAAAUGUGUCGCGUAGCGGCGUUUUGGCGAGUCGGUCGGUAAAGGGGAAACGAGCAAUAUUUUAUCUUAGGCCUUACUAUGUUAUCAAUUCGUGGACCACACGUCACGGCCAUGAGCUGCGAAACAUUACGCGCGCACUAUACAUUUUUUUAAAUUUCUUCCUUGUUCGAUCUCGUCGGUCGAAAACGAUGGCUCGAGUAACCGAAACCCCAAGCGCCCUCUGGUGUCAGCCUCACGGCAGUGUAAUGCCGUCGCUCAUUUCCCGGAACGUCCAUAGAAAGUCUCGGUGCGUGAUAUAUUUUUGUACCUGUUUUUCUGCGAUAUAAAUUGCAUUUCCAAAAAAAACUCGUGGUGCUGUGUUUUGUUUGUUCUCUUCGUCGUUGAAUGCCGACCCUCCACCGCGCGGCAUUGUUCCGACACCAGGUGUCAGCAACGGCAGCGACAAUCUACUAACUAUUCAACCAACGGUCGUGAGCUGAAAAACAGUGAAAACCGCGAAGCAAUCGCGUUUUUGGAUGUGAUCGGAGUUUAUUUCGUUUGUGGAUGGGUCUAUUGCGUUCUUUAUUUCCUCGUGAUCUGUCGAUGUAUAGGCUGAGAAAGAGACAUAUACAGUAUUUUAUUUUUCUA